AUGAUGCGUGGUGGGAGUCAACAGCCAGUGAUCGUUUUAUCGCAAGGGACGAAACGAGAAAAUGGUUACCAGGUCCAGUCCGGAAUCAUCACUGCUUGCAAGACGAUUGCUGAUGUCAUCCGCACCGCUCUUGGGCCGAAAGCUAUGCUGAAAAUGCUCAUGGAUCCGAUGGGCGGCAUUGUCAUGACGAAUGAUGGAAACGCAAUUCUAAGGGAGAUCACCGUCAAACAUCCUGCUGCGAAGAGCAUGAUCGACAUUGCCCGAACCCAGGACGAAGAAACCGGGGAUGGCACCACAUCAGUAAUUAUUCUGGCUGGUGAGGUCAUGGCGAAGGCCCAUACCUUCCUUGACCAGCGUAUCCACCCUACAAUUGUCAUUCAGGCCUAUCGCCAAGCAUUGGAGGAUAUCCUCAAAUUGGCCGAGGGCAAAUUCUGCAAGCCAAUCAACGUUGACAAUGACGAGGAGUUGAUCACGGUCGUCAAAUCGUGUCUUGGCACCAAGAUGUUGGCCAAGUGGAUGGAUCUGGCCGUAGAUAUUGCAAUGAAUGCUGUCCGAACUAUUCGCAUCGACAAGGGUGGAGUCCAGGAGAUCGAUAUCAAGCGGUAUUGUCGCAUCGAGAAAAUUCCGGGAGGCACCAUCGAAGACAGCAAGGUGAUCAAGGGUGUUAUUCUGAACAAGGAUGUGACUCAUGCGAAGAUGAAGCGGCGCAUCGAGAACCCUCGCAUUGUCCUCCUCGAUUGCAAUCUGGAGUACAAAAAGGGCGAGUCACAGACUUCCCUGGAGAUUAUGCGCGAUGCUGACAUCACUCGUAUCCUGCAGCAGGAAGAAGAGGAAAUCCGCAAGCAAUGUGACGACAUCAUCCGUGUCAAGCCGGACCUCGUCUUCACCGAAAAGGGGAUUUCGGACCUCGCCCAGCAUUUCCUGAUGAAGGCCGGAAUUACCGCCAUCCGUCGUUUGAAGAAGACUGACAACAACCGCUUGGCUAGGGUCUGUGGCGCUCGUAUUCUGAAUGACACUUGCGACUUGCGUGAGGAAGAUGUUGGAACAACGGCAGAGCUCUUCGAAAUUUUGAAGAUUGGUGACGAAUACUACACCUAUGUGACUUCUUCAAAGACCACGGCUGUUACUGUCUGUCUUCGUGGCCCAUCUAAGGAUGUCAUUAACGAGGUUGAACGUAAUUUGAACGAUGCUGUUAACGUCGUCAGGAACGUUCUGUUGAAUCCUCGCCUGGUUCCCGGCGGUGGUGCUUUGGAGAUGGCACUUUCUAAUGCGCUCAACGAAAAAAGCCGUCAGAUGGAGGGCAUUCGUAAGAACCCUUACAUGGCCAUCGCCGCAGCACUGGAAGUGAUCCCGCGCACCUUGAUCCAGAAUUGCGGAGGCAACACCAUCCGCCAAAUCACCGCUCUACGUGCCAAGCAUGCACAGUCACCGGAUAACUGGACCUGGGGUGUAGAUGGCUCUUCUGGAGAACUGGUCGACAUGAACAAACUCGAUAUUUGGGAUCCUCUGGCUGUGCGACUUCAAGUUUUGAAGACCGCUGUGGAGACUUCAGUGAUGUUGCUCCGUAUCGACGACAUUGUUUCCGGCACCAAGAAGGGUGGCGCUGAUGAAAAGAAGGAGAUCAUGCCUGAA